UAAAUUGAAGUGUACUCAGUCUGUUACAUUAGAAGCGAUGGCUACUGACGUAAGAUCACAACCACUCAUUUUAGACGAAUUUGUCAAUGGAGAAGAACCUGAACGUGAUCUGCGGAAAAUAUUUUUGAAGAUAAGACCGCAAUGGACCAAAGAAGACAAAAUAGAGCUAAAUCCCUGUCCUGGAUCCGGCUUCGUCAACAUCACCCUUCUAGCAACCUACGAUGGCAAAAAGGCAGAUGCUGUGGUGGUCCGGAUCUUCAUUCAGAAUGUCUACGACUUCCUGAUGAACAGGGAACGCGAGUUAGCUGCCACUUUGGUGUUUAAUGAAAGAGGGUUAACACCAAAUAUUUACUGCAUCUUCAAAAAUGGAGUCUGUAUGGACUACAUAUUUGGAGAGCGCUUUGAUUGGAGUGUGUUGGCAGAGAAACCACUAAAUGAUGAAAAAAUUCUAAGAUCAGUAGCGAGAGAACUGGCAAAAUACCACAGUAAAAAAACAAGUGACAUUGCUAAAGAGAAAUAUGGCCACCUCUUCCCAAUGGUUCCAGAGCUAAAGAUCCAACUGGAUAAGUUGUUGAGUAAUUGGCCGGAAACGCUAGGCGAAACGGAGGCUGAUGAACUAUUUAAGACGAAAUUCCCAAGCAAAGCUUUGAUAGAAUCUGAGUGGAGAGAUAUGUUUUCUUUGAUGGAAAGGACUGGUGUGCCACUUACGUUAUGUCAUCAUGAUGCCCAUCCGUCCAAUAUGCUUUACGUGCCCGAAGAUGAUCGGGUCAUUUUUGUCGACUACGAGAUGUCAGCAUUUUCUUGGCCGACUCUGGAUUUGGCUACUUUUCUAGAAUAUUCUGCGACAGGAUUGGUCUUCGACGGUAACUUCCCAGAGCGGCAUCCCCCAGCACUGAGAAAGAUGUUUCUGAGGGAGUACCUAGAAACGCAGAGGAGUCUGGGAGAUCUGGAUCAUGACGUCACGGACCACGAUGUGGAGAGACUCUUAGUCCUUGUCGAGAAAGCAGUAUUAACAUACUUCUUGUUUUAUACUGGAUGUUGUCUUGUGGUUGCCAGCGGCCCUGAGAGAAACGGCGUCCCUAGAAAGAACAUGUUACAGCUCUCCCUCAAUAACUACGGAUGGUACAUGAGAAACAAGGAGAGAAUCCAGGCUUUAGAAGUCCCACAAUAAAUUUGGUGAAACAUAAUGUAGACAUUUGAAUAAGUGGCCGCAGCGGGAGAGCAGAAAAGGCGUAGAUUUUUAUUUAUAAAUGGCAAAGCAGAAUUGCAUUUCAAUAGCCAAAUUUAGCUUCGACAUGAUUUUUAUGUAUAAGUGCAUAUAUAAGAUAAAAAUCAACGCCUUUUCUGAUUCCCGGUACGGCCGCAUAUUCCAAUGUAUACAGUAUCACUUCAAUACUGACACACGCCGAUGGAGAGUACACCCGACCAGUUUCCUGUAGUUUUUUCCCGUUUUACACCAUACCACAACACUAGAUGACACAUGUUGAUGGAUAGAGGGCAAGCUUCCCUUAGUAUCUUAUAUAUUAACAUUGCCACAACACUGCAUAACACACGUUGAUGGAUAGUGGGCCAGCUUCCUAUAUAGCAUCUUCCAUUUUAACAUAACCAUAACAGUGCUUGAUACACGUUGGUGGAUAGUGGGCCAGCUCCCUUCAGUAUCUUCCAUUUCAACAUUACCACAACACUGCAGGACACACGUUGGUGGAUAGUGGGCCAGCUUUCUUUAGUAUAUUCCAUUUUAACAUUACCACAACACUGCAUGACACACGUUGAUGGAUAGUGGGCCAGCUUCCUUUAGCAUCUUCCUUUUUAACAUUACCACGACACUGCAAGACACACGCUGAUGGAUAGUGGGCCAGCUUCAUUUAGUAUCUUCCAUUUUAACAUUACCACAUCACAGCAUGACACGCGUUGAUGGACAGUGGGCCAGCUUCCUUUUAUGUUCCCUUUUAACAUUACCACAACAGUGCAUGACCACGUUGAUGGAUCGUGGGCCAGCUUCCUUUAGUAUCUUCCAUUUUAACAUAACCACAACACUGCAUGACACACGCUGAUGGAUAGUGGGCCAGUUUCCUUUAGUAUCUUCUAUUUUAACAUUACCACAACACUGCAUAACACACGUUGAUGGAUCGUGGGCCAGCUUCCCUUAGUAUCUUAUAUUUUAACAUUGCAACAACACUGCAUAACACACGUUGAUGGAUAGUGGGCCAGCUUCCUAUAUAGCAUCUUCCCUUUUAACAUAACCAUAACAGUGCUUGAUACACGUUGGUGGAUAGUGGGCCAGCUUCCUUCAGUAUCUUCCAUUUCAACAUUACCACAACACUGCAUGACACACGUUGGUGGAUAGUGGGCCAGCUUUCUUUAAUAUACUCCAUUUUAACAUUACCACAACACUGCAUGACACACGUUGAUUGAUAGUGGGCCAGCUUCCUUUAGUAUCUUCCAUUUUAACAUUACCACGACACUGCAUGACACACGUUGAUGGAUAGUGGGCCAGCUUCCUUUAGUAUAUUCCAUUUUAACAUUACCACGACACUGCAUGACACACGUUGAUGGAUAGUGGGCCAGCUUCCUUUAGUAUCUUCCAUUUUAACAUUACCACGACACUGCAUGACACACGUUGAUGGAUAGUGGGCCAGCUUCCUUUAGUAUCUUCCAUUUUAACAUUACCACGACACUGCAAGACACACGCUGAUGGAUAGUGGACCAGCUUUAUUUAGUAUCUUCCAUUUUAACAUUACCACAUCACAGUAUGACACGCGUUGAUGGACAGUGGGCCAGCUUCAUUUUAUGUUCCCUUUUAACAUUACCACAACAGUGCAUGACCACGUUGAUGGAUCGUGGGCCAGCUUCCUUUAGUAUCUUCCAUUUUAACAUAACCACAACACUGCAUGACACACGCUGAUGGAUAGUGGGCCAGUUUCCUUUAGUAUCUUCUAUUUUAACAUUACCACAACACUGCAUAACACACGUUGAUGGAUCGUGGGCCAGCUUCCUUUAGUAUCUUCUAUUUUAACAUAACCAUAACAGUGCAUGACACACGUUGAUGGGUAGUGGGCCAGCUUCCUUUUAUGUUCCCUUUUAACAUAGCCACAACCACAACAACACCACAUGACAUUUGCUGAUGCAUAGUGGGCCAGCAUUCCUUUAGUGUCUUCUAUUUCGCCACACAGGCGAGUCAUCGUCAUGGUCAAGUGAUAAUCAUUUUGCUAGUUUUAGUGUCUGAAACAUGUUAAAGAUGAUAAAACGGCCCUGCAGCAUUGGGAAAUCCUAUUUCAUGCUUACACUUGGUAUCCUCAUAAUUCGUUGUAUCUCUUCUAAGGAUUUAAUAUAUACCGUUCAAAACA